CACCCAUCCGUGCUGGGGACUGGGAGCGGUGGGGUGGAACCAGCAGCACAUGUGGCAGGCUGGGUGUGUCUGUGUCGGAGCCCAGGGCACGUGCCUGAGACAAGACCAUAGAUGGAAUCAAGCAGCAGAGCGAGGGGAUAAAACUGGGCUGAAGCUCACUUUAGGAACCCUAGCAGAGGGUGAGCCUCAGCGUGAAAAAGGAACCGCCUGCACUGGUGCUGGGAGGAUGCAGCCUCCACCCCUCCACCGCACGUGAUUUGGAUGCUGGAGGAAGGAGCCAUGAGCAUCCUGGUGGUGAAGACCAUCCUGCCCCUGCUGCUCCUUGCCUGGCCGUCCGCUGGACUCGCUCACCAGUGCUCACACAAGAUUUCCGUGUCCUUAGGGUCAAAUCUCACCUUUCACUGUCUACCAAACAGCCCUGACAGGGAGGUGGUGUGGUGUAACAACUUAAACAAGAGGAUAGUACAGGAAGACACAGGGACUGACCUACACCAGGAAAAUGGUUCUUACAACCUCACCUUUACAAGCGUGAAUGAAAAGCAUGCUGGAAAUUACACGUGCAAGAUGAAAGCCUCACGCUGUGUGAGUGCUAAAAACAAGAACUGCCCAUGCAAGAGCCACAAGGAGUCAGACUUAUCUGUCCAACAAAAAACUUCAACCAUCAUCAUGCUGUGCAGGUUCAUGGUCUGGCAAGAGAAUAAGACCAUGCAUGUGAGGUGGUGGACAUGUCCAGAGUCUCCUGAUGACCCCUUGGAGCACAGCAAGGCACAUCACAGUGACAGCCACGGCAGCAUGGAUGCAGCCAGCGCAGAGCCCAUUGUGUGUACCGUGUCAAGCAGAAGCUUCACAGGCACUGAAAAUGCCACCCAAGGGAUGGUUCCCAGCUCUGACCCCAAGAUUUCUCCGACCCGUGAGCCUCAGACCCGGGAAGGUCUCGUAGCAAUCAUCUACCUGUACGCCAUCCCCGGGUUAGUGGUUGUGACUCUUUUCUUCCUGCUUUGUAUUUUGGUGUGCCUGUGCAGAAGAAACCAAAGGCAUGCUAAAGGAACUCCUGAAAGCAAGCAUGCAGCAGAGAUGAAUCAGCUCAGCACGCCUCCCCCAUCACCUCAGACCGAGGACGUGACGUAUGCAAAGCUGAUCUUUGAAAGGACAGGGGCAAUACCUGCAGCCUCAGAAGUGGUGUACGCAGAAAUAAAACCGCUGCAAAAGAAGUAGAGAGCUGAGGAUGGCCACGCUGCUCUGCAAAGGGAAGGUCUGUCAGCAGGAAGAGUGAAAAAGGAGAGACAAGCAGCUGGUGACAUGGCUGCCACAGCUGUGAUCCUUGAAAACCAGGCAUUAGCUCUUAUCAAGUGCAUCAGGUGAUGGAUAUGCCGGUAGAGCCCUGGAGCAGUGUUCUUCAUUUCCUCACUGUGUCCAGAUCCAGCACCCGCUGUGAUGGAUUUGGCUCUGCUCUGCUCUGAUUCACGCACUUGAAACAUGACAAGCAAAGAUACAAAGGCAUCAUUUGCUGUGGAGAGGUCCAGCAUGGAUACAUUCAAAGCCUACCAGUGACCGGCUGCUAGCCUGAUGGAACCCCAUUCACCCUCUGAGCCUGGCAAGUCAGCCAGCUGCUCACCUAUAACGUUGUAUUUUUUGCUAGCUCUAUGCUGGAUGUUUUGUCUGAAAGGAAACAGUGCCAAAAGCCUUACUGAAGUCCUAAAAGUUAACACUGACUGGCUUCACUUGGUCAACCAGAUAGAUGGCCUUGUUAUAUUGAUUUCCUUGUAUAAGGAAAUCAAGUUAAUCCAACAGGACCUAUGUAAUAUAUAUAUAUGUGUGUGUGUGUGUGUAUAUAUAUAUAUAUA